AUGGGGGCGUCUCUUUCAGAUAUGAAGUUGCUUAUGCCCCUUGUGGGGCUCCUGGCGAUGCUGACUCUGCCCCAGGCCUCGGAGGGCACUGCCUCCAUUGCAGGUGCCCAGGAGGUGGAGACUUCAGUGGUGAUGAGUUGCAUGAAAGAGGCCAAGAGACUUGUGGCCAGGGCCUACAAACAGACCCGGGAAAGCAUAAAGCAGAGGCUGCAGAGCGGAACUGUGAGCCCCAUGGACCUCCUGGCCUACUUUAAGCGGCCCGCCGCAGGGACCAGGAUGGCCGUCCAAGCCGCCGACUACAUGCACGUGGCCCUGAGUCUGCUGGAAGGGAAAGUGCAGCCCCAGCACCCGAGACCUUUCAACCUGUCAGAUGUGCUGAGCCCGCACCAGCUAGACCUCCUGUCCAACGCCUCGGGCUGUGCCUCUCAGGAGGGGGAAGUCAAGUGUGCUCUAAGGAGCAGAUAUCGCACCAUCACCGGAAGAUGCAACAAUAGGAGGAAUCCUUUACUGGGAGCAUCGAACCAAGCCUUGGCCCGUUGGCUGCCUGCAGAGUAUGAAGACAGAAUCUCUCUCCCUUAUGGUUGGACACCUGGGAAGGGGAGGAACGGAUUCAUUCUCCCCCUGGUCAGAGCCGUCUCCAAUCAGAUUGUCCGCUUCCCUGAAGGAAAGGUUACCUUGGACCGUCAUAGGGCGCUCAUGUUCAUGCAGUGGGGUCAGUUCAUUGACCAUGACCUGGACUUCAGCCCCGAGUCUCCAGCCAAGGUGGCUUUCACCAUGGGGAUCGACUGUGAGAAGAGCUGUGCCCAGCUCCCCCCUUGUUUCCCCAUCAAGAUCCCACCAAACGACCCUCGAAUUACUAAUCAGAAGGACUGUAUCCCUUUUUUCCGAUCUGCACCCUCCUGUCCCGGGAAAAAGAACUGUGUCCUCAAUCAGAUUAAUGCACUCACCUCCUUUGUGGAUGCCAGCAUGGUUUAUGGUAGUGAGGAUGCCCUUGCCACCCGGCUAAGGAAUACAUCCAAUCAACUCGGACUGAUGGCUGUCAACACUCGGUUCCAAGAUAAUGGGAGGGCUCUUCUGCCUUUUGACAACAACCGUGAAGACCCUUGCCUGCUUACUAACCGUGAAGCUCGAAUCCCCUGCUUCCUGGCAGGUGACAGCCGAGCAAGCGAAACUCCCAAACUAACAGCAAUACACACCCUCUUUGUGCGAGAGCACAACCGGCUGGCUCGGGAGCUGAAACGACUAAAUCCCGGUUGGAGUGGAGAGAAACUCUACCAGGAGGCUCGCAAGAUUGUUGGGGCGAUGGUCCAGAUCAUCACCUACAGAGACUUCCUGCCUCUUGUUCUGGGUCGGGCCAGGGCCAGAAAAGCUCUGGGUUGCUACCGAGGCUACUCCUCUCGAGUGGAUCCUCGCGUCUCUAACGUCUUCACCUUGGCGUUCCGUUUUGGUCACACUAUGAUCCAACCCUUCAUGUUCCGCUUGGGCAAUCAGUACCAGUCCUUGGGGCCCAAUUCUCGAGUGCCUCUCAGCACUGCCUUUUUUGCCAGCUGGAGAGUUGUGAAUGAAGGUGGAAUUGACCCCAUUCUCCGAGGCCUCAUGGCCACUCCUGCCAAACUGAACCGUCAAGAUGAGAUACUCGUGGAUGAACUCAGGGACAAGUUAUUCAGACAGAUCCGGCGCAUUGGGCUAGACUUGGCAGCUCUCAACAUGCAGCGCAGCCGGGAUCAUGGUCUCCCAGGGUACAAUGCUUGGAGACGCUUCUGUGGACUCUCCCAACCCCGAACUUUGUCCCAACUUGCCCGGGUGCUGAAGAACAGCAAUCUGGCACAGAAGUUCAUGCGUUUGUAUGGGACUCCUGACAACAUUGACAUCUGGAUCGGAGCUGUUGCUGAGCCCUUGUUGCCUGGGGCCAGAGUAGGACCCCUUUUGGCCUGUCUUUUUGAGAACCAGUUUAGAAGAGCAAGAGAUGGAGACAGGUUCUGGUGGCAGAAUCGAGGAGUCUUCACCCAGAGGCAGCGCCAAGCCUUGAUAAGAAUCUCCUUGUCUCGAAUCAUCUGUGACAAUACUGGCAUUACCACUGUCCCCCGGCACAUCUUCAGGGCCAAUAUCUACCCAAAGGGUUUCGUGAGCUGUAAUAGAAUCCCCAAGCUGAACCUCUCAGCCUGGAAAGGCAGAUGAGGACCAUCCAGAUGUCUUCUGGAGUCAAGCUUUCACCCCAGGCUCCCAGAUGCACAGACUCAGGAAAGAACAAUUUAUUGGCUAUGGAUCCUGGACCUGCGGAAAUCUUGGGGCCCCAGACAAGAGUUGGAGUUGGCCUGGGGAUCUGAAAAACUCCCUCUGAGACUCAGACAUCCCAUCGUCCCUUCCUUUGGGGUCAAAACAGAUUCUUGACUAGUAGGCUGCAUUAUAUUCUGCUUCUGCCAAUAAAGCACUGCUGAAAGCAGAA